GUGACAUCGUUUCCCGCCAUUUGCUGCUUACGCCCACAUUCAUAUCGCCUCAACCAAAAGCCGACCUCACCUCAAAAUCUAACACCUUGCCUCCUUUCCAUCCAACUUCGUCCCACACCCUCUGGCCCGGACGCUUUCUGCAUCUUCACCAUCAUCACCGCUCUGUCGACUCGGGAGCCUCGCUCAGCACUUGACGCCUCUACUGCUUUUUUUCUAGUCUAGCACACACAUUAAUCCGCCACAAUGGAAGAGGAGGUUGCCGCUCUCGUCAUCGACAAUGGUUCGGGCAUGUGCAAGGCCGGUUUCGCCGGUGAUGAUGCUCCCCGUGCUGUCUUCCCGUCCAUUGUUGGUCGUCCCCGCCAUCAUGGCAUCAUGAUUGGCAUGGGUCAGAAGGACUCGUACGUCGGCGACGAGGCUCAGUCGAAGCGUGGUAUCCUCACUCUGCGGUACCCGAUCGAGCACGGUGUCGUGACGAACUGGGACGACAUGGAGAAGAUUUGGCACCACACCUUCUACAACGAGCUGCGUGUGGCUCCUGAGGAGCACCCCGUCCUUCUCACCGAGGCCCCCAUCAACCCCAAGUCUAACCGUGAGAAGAUGACGCAAAUCGUCUUCGAGACCUUCAACGCCCCUGCCUUCUACGUCUCGAUCCAGGCCGUCCUGUCGCUGUACGCCUCGGGUCGUACCACUGGUAUCGUGCUCGACUCGGGUGACGGUGUCACCCACGUCGUCCCCAUCUACGAGGGUUUCGCCCUGCCCCACGCCAUCGCCCGUGUCGACAUGGCCGGCCGCGACCUUACCGACUACCUGAUGAAGAUCCUGGCUGAGCGCGGUUACACCUUCUCCACCACGGCCGAGCGUGAAAUCGUCCGCGACAUCAAGGAGAAGCUCUGCUACGUCGCCCUCGACUUUGAGCAGGAGAUCCAGACGGCCGCCCAGAGCUCCAGCCUCGAGAAGUCGUACGAGCUGCCCGACGGACAGGUCAUCACCAUCGGCAACGAGCGCUUCCGUGCCCCCGAGGCCCUGUUCCAGCCCUCGGUCCUGGGUCUGGAGAGCGGUGGCAUCCACGUCACCACCUUCAACUCCAUCAUGAAGUGCGACGUCGACGUCCGUAAGGACCUGUACGGCAACAUUGUCAUGUCUGGUGGUACCACCAUGUACCCUGGUCUGUCGGACCGUAUGCAGAAGGAGAUCACGGCCCUGGCCCCCUCGUCGAUGAAGGUCAAGAUCAUCGCUCCCCCCGAGCGCAAGUACUCGGUCUGGAUCGGUGGUUCCAUUCUCGCCUCGCUGUCGACCUUCCAGCAGAUGUGGAUCUCGAAGCAGGAGUACGACGAGAGCGGACCUUCGAUUGUCCACCGCAAGUGCUUCUAAGCGCCUAGUCCUAAGCCUGUUUCCCUCAUGUCCCCCACCGACUCCCCUAGAGACCGACGAAAGAAGGCAGUUCCCUGUGCCGUUCACGACCGCCCCACGAGACGCGUAUCUUCGAAAAGUUGUUGCUAUAGUGGAGGGUUGGUGGAGGGCUUUUCUACAUCGGGAGGAAAAGUACGAUGGCAUGUGUCUUCGAGUAGUUUGGCGUAACCGCGCGAAGGAGCUGGGGAGACGAGUACACGGGAGGUUUUAUACAAUUUAGCUCUGUUUACCCUUCUCAACUUGUCAUGGGUGGGGUUCCAACGUGGGUGAUUUCGUCAUAUUGGGCACUACAUGACCCGAGGGCUGGUAGUAGAAGACGGUCCGAAGCCUAAUGGGAAUUUCAAGAUUAUGGGC